AAGGCAAUCAAGCAAACAUUUCUUCGUGGGUGAAGCAAACAACUACUCACGAGUAAAACUUUUCAGUUUAUUCAGUUAAUAGUUUCAGCAAGCUUUCCCGGGAUUAGCCAUGGUUGAGGUUUUUAAAUGCAGAAGUUCUGUGAUAAAGUUUCUGGUCUUAUGCCUCUGCAUUUUUCUAGCAGCUGUUCCGUCGGUCGAGGGUCGAAUCCGCCGGUACAAAUGGGAGGUGAAGUAUGAGUAUAAGUCUCCUGAUUGUUAUAAGAAACUUUCCAUCACCAUCAACGGUAGAACACCAGGGCCCACAAUAUUGGCACAGCAAGGUGAUACAGUCAUCGUCGAGCUCAAGAACAGUUUGUUAACCGAGAAUGUCGCCAUUCAUUGGCAUGGAAUUCGACAGAUUGGAACACCAUGGUUUGAUGGAACGGAAGGGGUGACUCAGUGCCCAAUUUUGCCAGGAGACACCUUCGUAUACCAGUUUGUUGUGGAUAGAGCUGGGACAUAUUUGUACCAUGCGCAUUAUGGAAUGCAAAGAGAAGCCGGCCUAUAUGGAUCUAUCCGCGUCUCCCUUCCAGAUGGAGAAUCCGAGCCCUUUGCCUAUGAUUAUGAUCGAAGCAUUCUUCUCACAGAUUGGUACCACAAGAGCGCAUAUGAACAGGCCACUGGAUUGUCUUCAAUUCCCUUUGUUUGGGUUGGUGAGCCUCAGUCUAUUCUGAUACAAGGAAGAGGGAGGUUCGACUGCAGCUUACCAACCAUUGAAUCCGGUCUUUGUAACGCGACAAAUCCUGAAUGUUCGCCCUAUGUUUUGACUGUAGUUCCUGGAAAAACAUAUCGUCUGAGGAUCGGAAGCUUGACUGCUCUAUCGGCUUUAAGUUUCGAAAUAGAGGGCCAUAAUAUGACUAUUGUUGAAGCUGAUGGCCACAAUGUUGAGCCAGUUGUGGUAAAAAAUCUGUUCAUUUACUCGGGUGAGACAUACUCAGUCUUAAUAACAGCUGAUCAAGACCCCAGACGAAAUUAUUGGGCUAGUGCAAAAAUUGUUAGCCGGAAUGGCAACACUUCAAAUGGUCUAGCCAUCUUCAAUUACUAUCCCAACAAUCCUAGAAGACCCCCUCCAACAGUUCCACCCACAGGUCCCACUUGGAAUGACAGUGCAUCAAGAUUGGCUCAAAGUCAAGCCAUCAACGCUCACGCAGGUUACGUCGUCCCUGCCCCUCGGACCUCAGAUAGAGUAAUUGUGUUACUUAACACACAAAACAGGAUCAAUGGCUAUGUCCGGUGGUCGGUGAAUAACGUCUCUUUUCACCUUCCACAUACCCCCUAUCUGAUUGCUCUUAAGGAGAAUUUGAAGCAUGUUUUCGAGCAAACCCCACCUCCUAAUGGCUAUGAUUUUGCAAACUACGAUAUCUACAACAUCGCGAAGAAUGUCAAUGCUACUUCUAGCAACUCCAUUUACAGGUUGCAGUUCAAUACUACAGUGGAUAUUAUUCUUCAAAAUGCAAACACAAUGAACCCGAACAAUAGUGAGACACAUCCAUGGCAUCUCCAUGGGCAUGAUUUUUGGGUUUUGGGCUAUGGGACAGGCAAAUUUGACAUUUACAAUGAUCCGAAGAAGUACAACCUGGUCAAUCCUAUUAUGAAGAACACUGUGGCUGUUCAGCCUUAUAGUUGGACUGCUUUGAGGUUUCGGGCUGAUAAUCCGGGAGUCUGGGCUUUUCAUUGCCAUAUUGAAUCUCAUUUCCACAUGGGUAUGGGAGUGGUGUUUGAAGAAGGGAUUGACAAGGUGGGUAAAUUGCCCACUUCUAUAAUGGGAUGUGGUGAUACCAAACGUUUCCUAAGGCCAUAGAUUGAGGGAACUAUACAUUAACUUGACUAGUACAUUAGAAAUAAUUUUUUUGUGGAAACUUAUGUUCACAAUUUGUUGUAAGUCGUCAUGGUCAACAACCGCUUUUUUUGUUUUUGUUUUUUUAACCUUAUCAAUCUCAAUCAUGUAUGUGAAGGAGGAGUUUGGUUUACAUGUUAUUCAAUGUAUAUUGA